AUUCCACUAAAAUGACAAUAUGAAGACAGUCAAUGAACUAAACAAUCUCGUUGAUUCAUUUAUCAGUGCCUUCAAGAUCCUUGAUUUGUCGCUUCUUGACAAGAUCGAAAAGGCCUUGAAAUACCAGGAAACAUACAACUUGAACCUCAAAGUAUAUCUGUAUCAAAAGAACAAAGCCAACGAUAAUAGCUUAUCUCCAUCAAACCUCAGUGAAAAUCAGGACUACAUAAAGGCCAUUGAAAACAUAUAUAUAUCUUACUACACCUCAAAGAAAAUACUUGACUUGAUUUCUCAGCAGUUGGAUGAGGAAAAUGGCAAUAGCACCAACUCCAAAGCCAAUAAGACUGAUGAGAUAAUCGGUGUUUAUAUUGAUCUACAAAAGCAUCUUCAUAAACAAGAGGUCAAUAUACAAAAUAUCUAUUUGGAAAUCCUCAAUAUCAACAGAUUGCAGCUAAAUACUUUUCAAUCUACCCAUAAUGACUUGAUUCAAAGAUUUAACAAGCUAAAGGUCUCAAACUUUACUCCAAAUAAUAGUAUUAUUGAUAUAAAUAAUGCUGAUAAUAGAGUUACCACCAUCAACAAUGACACGAAUAAAAAUAAUACUCUUGUUCGUGCAAUCAAUAAUAUCUCUAUUAAUGGCAAUGCUAAUGCUAAUGCUAAUGCUAAGUUUAAUAAUAAUGGUACUAGUACCAACAAUAAUAUCCUAAAUGAUAAUACUAUUACUAAUCCUAAUGUCAAAACUAAUAACUCCUCAAAUUCAUCUCCUUCAUCUCGUCUCUCUCUCCCCUUGCCUCCUAGAUCAAAUAACUUGGAAGUCAAAAAACUUAGAAUAAACUAUAGAUCAAGAUCUCCAUCUCCCAUGCCUCCUGAUAAACUAUUAAAUCUUGACUCAAAUUCUUUAUCAAAUAUUUCCCCGGAUUUUUUAAAAGAGUUUGACCCAUUCUAUAAGACUUCAUAUAUUCAACCAAUAGAUUUAUUUCGUCUAAUGAAUAUAAAAGAGCUAUCUAAUUUAAUCUUAAUAUUGGAUAUCAGAUCAAGAAAAAGCUUUAACAAUUCUCAUAUCCUUUUUAAAAAUAUCUUAUGCAUCGAACCCUUUUCAAUCAGCUCAAAUCUUAAAGAUGAUAAAGCUCUAGAAAGUUCCUUGCUAAUAAAUCCAUCUUUUGAACAAUUAUUGUUCUCCCAAAGAAAUUUGUUCCAAUUAGUACUAUUUUAUGAUGAUUCUUAUUCUGUUACCAAAAAUUAUAAUUUUGAUAUAUCAAAAAGUAUAUUAUACGAUCCCUCAUUACCAACUUAUUUCAAAAAGUUAUACAUAUUAUUAACUAAAAAAUCCUUUUCAAAGCCCUUAAAACACCCUCCAAUUCUACUUAAUGGUGGCUUUGAAGAAUGGUUUAAAACUUUUGGUUCUGAUCAUGUUUCAAAACAAAAAGUUGAAACUAUUUUAAUUCCAGAAAAAUUACCUUCAAGACCUUCCCAUUUUAGAAAGACUUCAUCAGCUUCAUUAAUGAAUUUUGAGAAUCCAUCCGAUUUUAUAAUGGAUGAUAAUCAGGUUGAUGAUUUUUCUAACCUAAUGUACAAUGAUAGCACAAAUAUUAUUAGCAAUGAUAACUAUAGUAAUAACAACAGUAAUUCAAGUCUCAACCUAAUAAACGAUUUCACAAAUAAUAGUUUAAAUAGCAACCAUUCUCCAUACCUAUCUCAAACAAAAACAUCAUCCUCUUAUUCAACUGUCAAAUCAUUCAAUGAAAUUAACUACCCAAAUGCAUUUGGUGAUCGUUUAAAUAGUUCAAGAACAGGUCCUUCAGAAUUUAAUGAUCAAUCUUUAUAUAAUUUAAAACUACCAAAUAAUGACUUGAAUUAUUCCUAUUUCCCUCAACAACAACAGUCUACUAAAAAGACAAACGGUUUUAUUUUUAAUAAUAAUAAUAAUAAUAAUAAUAAUAAUAAUAAUAAUAAUAAUAAUGAUAAUCCUUCUAAUGGUCAUGCUGGAAACAAUGCAAAUAACGUCAAUAGUCUUACAAAAACCAUUUCAAAUACUCGAACAAAUAGAUUUUCGUUCAACCCUUCCAAUAAAAACUCACUUCCAGGCUCAACAUCAAUUAAUGGUUAUAAUAAUAAAAUCCCAAAUGGUUUUAGUAAUUCUAAUAGCAUUGAUUUAAAAAGAACUCAAUCUACAUCGUAUUUGCCUUCUUUCCCAAGUUUGCAAAAACCUCAACCUGCAAUAUACUCUCCUGCAAUAACUUCAAUCAGCCAAAUUAAUUCCAAUUUGCAACUAACUAAAUCGUUAUUGCCACAUCAACUGGACUAUACUGGAGGGUUGGAAAACCUCGGAAAUACCUGCUACAUGAAUUGUGUUUUGCAAUGUCUUUCUGGAACUGUAUCUCUAUCCAAUAUUUUUCUUGAUCGUUCUUAUCUUCAACAUAUAAAUGUCAACAGUAAAUUAGGUUCUAAGGGCGUUUUAGCUAAAAAUUAUUAUAACUUGAUUAAAUUGUUAUAUAGUAAUAAUGACUCUUAUGUUAGACCAGCUUUUUUUAAACAAAUAAUUGGUUCCUUAAGACCUGAGUUUAAAGGCACUGAACAGCAAGAUUGUCAGGAAUUUUUAACUUUUUUACUAGAUGGAUUACAUGAAGAUUUGAAUGAAUGUGGUGAUCAUGAAAGAAUGCCUCAAUUAACUGAGGAAGAUGAAAAGAGAAGAGAAACAUUAUCGAUCAAAAUCGCCUCAGCAAUAGAAUGGGAAAGGUAUUUAAAAACAGAUUUUAGUGCAAUAGUUGACAUAUUUCAAGGUCAAUAUUUAAGUAGGUUGAAAUGUUUAACCUGUUUUAAUACUUCAACGACGUACCAGUCCUUUUCAAUAUUAAGUUUGCCCUUACCUGAAUAUAAACAGGAUAUAUCAAUUGAAGAUUGUUUCCAAGAAUUUUUAAAAGUUGAGUUAUUAGAUGGUGAUAAUAAAUGGAAAUGUCCCCAUUGUAAAUCUUUUCAAAAAUCAACAAAAUUUCUCAAAAUCACAAUGCUACCAAAAAUAUUAAUAGUUCACUUUAAAAGAUUCAAAGUUAACUACAAUUUAGCAUUUGAAAACUUUGAAAAAAUUAAUAAACUUAUUUCCUAUCCAUUAGAAUUAGAUUUAACAAAGUAUUGGCCCAAAAUUGAAAGUGAGUCUGAUAAUGAGAAAUUGAAAAACUUUCAACAAAGAGGGCAAGUUCCACCUUUCAAAUAUAAACUUUAUGGUGUUAUUAACCAUAGUGGUAAUUUGAGAGGAGGUCAUUACACUAAUUUUGUUUACAGAGGAGCUAAAAAAGGAUGGUGUUUUUUUGAUGAUACAAGGGUUUUGAAGAAUCAAGAUUCAUUGAAUACUGUUAACAGUAAUGCAUAUGUACUAUUUUAUUCAAGAGUUUAUUAAAAACAAAGAAAUUGCAAGGAG